UGCACAGACACAAUGAGCUGCUCCAUCAGUGACACUUUUCCUAACACAUAUCAUAAGGAUUUCUUUAUGUCUCCUGUAUCGGACUCCACCAACAUGGUUGUUACAGGAACUCAAGAGACAGAGAAGAUAUACCGUCCGCCAGAUGGCCAGUUUUUAGAUGCCCAUGUGCCAGAUUUUGAUGCUUAUCUUUCCCUAUACAAAAAGUCUAUUGAAGAACCUGAAGAGUUCUGGGGGGAUGUUUCUCAAGAGUUUUGCUGGAAGAAGGCCCCGUCAGGCCAGAUGUUGCAGUAUAACUUUGAUGUCACCAAGGGGGAAGUUUACAUCAAGUUCAUGGAAGGUGCAAAAACCAACAUUUGCUACAACGUUCUCGACCGAAAUGUGCAAGAAAGGAACCUAGGAGAGAAAGUGGCAUACUACUGGGAGGGAAACUCACCUGAUCAUCACCUGACAAUCUCCUACAGCCAACUGUUGAGACAGGUGUGCCGAUGUGCUAAUGCUUUAAAGCUACUGGGUGUGAAUAAGGGGGACAGGGUCGCUAUCUACCUUCCCAUGAUUCCAGAGCUGGUGUACACAAUGCUGGCCUGUGCUAGAAUUGGUGCUGUCCACUCGACUGUGUUUGCAGGCUUCUCCUCCGAGUCUCUCUGUGAGAGAAUCAUGGAUGCUCAGUGCAAAAUCCUGGUAACGGCAGACGGUGUGAAUAGAGGGGACAAGAUGAUCAAUUUGAAAAAGAUUGCAGAUGAGGCUUUAGAGCGUUGUAAGGGGAGCACAACCUUCUCUGUUCAGAAAUGUGUGGUGGUGAAACAUCAUGGCUUCAUAACAAACACUGAUUCUUUCAACAAACUACAGACCCCAUGGGAUGCAGAUUGUGAUAUAUGGUGGCAUGAUCUUAUCGACAGUGUUUCAGACAAUUGUGAACCGGAGUGGAUGGACGCUGAAGAUCCUCUGUUCAUUUUGUACACCAGCGGAUCUACCGGCAAACCCAAGGGGGUUAUCCACACUGUCGCUGGCUAUAUGCUGUAUACAUCACUGACCUUUAAGUAUGUUUUCGAUUAUCACCAUGACGACGUAUACUGGUGCACUGCAGACAUUGGCUGGAUCACAGGCCACUCCUACAUCACAUAUGGGCCAUUAGCAAAUGGAGCGACCAGUGUGCUUUUUGAAGGUGUGCCGGUGUAUCCGCAUGUGGGCAGAUUGUGGGAGAUUAUUGAGAAAUAUGGAGUAUCUAAAUUCUACACAGCACCAACUGUUAUUAGACUGCUGAUGAAAUACGGCAAAGAGCCACUAGAGCGGUAUGAUUUGUCCAGUCUGCGUGUGUUGGGUACAGUUGGUGAACCCAUAAACCCGGAGGCUUGGCUCUGGUAUCAUGAUGUUGUGGGGCAGCAGCAUUGUCCGGUUAUCGACACAUUUUGGCAAACAGAGACGGGUGGCCAUGUUUUGACCCCACUUCCUGCUGCUACUCCACUGAAGCCAGGAUCUGCUACAUUUCCAUUUUUCGGAGUUCAGCCCGCCAUUCUUAACGAACACGGAGAAGAACUAGAGGGGGAGGCGGAGGGAUACCUGGUUUUCCGGAAGCCCUGGCCGGGAAUCAUGAGGGGUGUGUACGGGGAUCAGGAACGCUUUGAAAACACCUACUUCCGAAAAUUUCCAGGAUUCUAUGUGACAGGAGACGGCUGCCGGCGGGACAAGGACGGAUAUUACUGGAUCACAGGCAGAACCGAUGACAUGCUUAAUGUGUCUGGUCAUUUGUUGAGCACUGCAGAGGUGGAGGCGGCUCUUUCCGAGCAUCCGUCUGUUGCUGAGUCCGCGGUGGUCAGUCGGCCACAUUCAGUGAAGGGAGAGUGUCUCUAUUGCUUUGUCAUGCUCAAAGACCACCAAGAGUUUAACAGUGCGCUUGUCGAGGAACUAAAGAGGAAAGUGAGGGAGAAGAUCGGGCCAAUAGCAACACCAGAUUUCAUCCAGAAUGCUCCUGGCCUCCCCAAAACACGCUCAGGUAAGAUCAUGCGACGAGUUCUUCGACAGAUCGCCCACAACAAAAAGGACCUGGGUGACCUCUCAACCCUGGCUGACCCCAAAGUCGUGGAAGUUCUGUUUAGCCAAAGAUUUGAGGCAGCUGCAUGAUAACAGACUCAUUUUAAUAAUAUUACUUUUACAUCAAACCCUGAUGGUUUUGAUGCCUCUGUGACCCUGUGUGAGCUCGCUCGGGGUUAAACAUUUUGGGUUUGGGCUUAGAAUGGGCUUGGCUUCUCUUAGAUUAUUUCUAAUGGGGUGUAACUUUCAAGCCUCUGCCUGUAAUAUAGGACAAAUCUGUGCUGAUCACAAAUCACAAAUUAUAUGUCAGCCCUUCACAAAACCCUGGGUCACAUUUGUCAUCAGGGCACUGCAAUUACUGAUAUAUUUUGUCAGGUGAUACAUUGUGUAAAUGUUUAAGUUUAAGAGUUAAAUCUCUGCUCAGAUGAAGGAGGGCUUGGUUUCUGUUAUGUUUAUUUUUAGGAACUGGUUUUAUAUCACAAACUUUGAUACUAUGUGACUUUGAUCAUAUUGGUUUUUUAGACCAGACUGAAAGUGAUAUAUGUGGUCAGAUCUGAUUUUUUUCUGUCAAGACUGCAGUUGCUUUUGCUAGUACAUUGGUUGUCAUAGUAAAGACACAAACUUGCAUACUGAUUGUGUGCCGUUGCAUGACAAACAAUGGAAAUAUCACAUGAAAUUAGGGAUGCACAGAUAUGAAAAUAUUUGGCAGAGACCAGUUUAACAAAAACCUAUAGGCUGAUACUGAUAUUUUGCCACUCACCUUAUUUUGUUACCAGAUCACUGUUUUACUUAAGAAUUAUGUUUUAAAAAUGUAAAAGAGGUACAAAGUUUUUUUAUUUUUUUUAUUUUUUAUUUUUACUGUACUAUUGAACAUGGAUUAUAUAUGUUGAACACAUGACAGGCCCAAAUUUUAAAGAGAGCCACAAUGAAAGAUACAUAGAAGAUAAACAUUCAAAAUGAUACAAAAAUAACUAAAUACGAUUAAAUGAUGAUUGAUAAGAAAUAUAUUUUAUUUUGUACUUCUAAAACAUUUUUGCCCUUCUGUUUUUGUAGUUCAAAACAACAGAACUCGCAUUUUACAUGUAUGAAUUGUGUAUGAAAGAAUAUUAUUCAUUUAUACUAUUCCACGGAAAUAUCAACCACACAACAUGAAAAAAUAAAACAAAACCCCCUUUUAAAUUCUGUAUUAUACUGGUAUAAUGGAUAAUGCCGUCCAGACUGCUAGAGUGCACCGCUUGCUCACACAGCGCUCUUUUAUGGUUUAGUAGUCGCACAAAGCCAUUUGUGAUUUCAAUCUUAAUUCAACCAUUCAUGCACCAUUAAUGGAUGUCAUACCGAUGUCUCAGAAGUCAAAGUCUGCUGGUUUCAAAGCAUUUUGGAUGGUUUCCUCAUCAUGUAGCCCAUUGCUAAGUGCUGCUUUCACAACUAUCACAUUAUGGCAUUUUUUCACAUUAACAUGAGAACAAGAAAGAAUAAAAAUUGCUCUUAGGAGUGCCAACCAA